AUGCAGAAUCCAUCGUUCGCCAUGCCGCCGGCUAAUCAUCACGCCAUGCUUGCACACUUUAUGUCAAGGACGCUGGCCAAUAUGCCUGCGCCCGUUGCAAUGACACCAGCACGAGCCCAAGAGAUACGCUAUCGAUGCAAGCAAUGCGACGGACAUAUUGCCGACUUGCUAGAAUUGCGCGCCGCAUGCGAUCCACUCGACCCACAAAACAAAGCGCCUGAAUACAACCUGAAGCUCAUGAAAGCGAAGGCCAUCCGAAGCUUGAUCUACUGGCAACUCUUUCGCAUCAAUGACUUGCCGACCGAGAUCCUCAGCCUCAUCCUUCGCGACGUCGUUUGGUCUGGCACUGUACCCGAAGCUGGUAUCACUAACCGGUUGCACAUCACUUGGGUAUCAAAGCGUUGGAGAGAAGUCGCGAUCAAUGACUCUACGCUAUGGAGCGCCAUUUGGUUCCGCGAUCAACCGCCACACGAGAGGUCGUUUUGUUGGUUUGACAGAGCGGGAAAGGCGACGUUAGAUAUUAGAGUGGCAGAGCCCCGGGGCGGGCAGUGGACAGGACCGCAAAUGGAAGUGUUCCUUGACAGAGUGUUCGUGAAACUCGAGCAAAUCCGUUCCCUGAUCGUCGUCGUCGACAACUGGCCCCCGGCACUCGUAGUUCUCGACAAGAUCCAGGACUAUAGCACGAGACGGACGUUUGGAUUAUUAGAACGAUUUGAGCUCCAUCGCAACGGCAGUCCUUAUGUAUGGAUUGGCGCAGGAUAUGAACCAGACCGACACCGCGAUCCAAUGAGACUGUUCGGUGGCGCAAUCCUACCUGCACUUAAAAGCAUCACUAUCAAUGGCGUCCACAUCGAUUGGAACAGGUCCCCACUAUCCAAUCUAUCCCGGUUAGACAUCCGACGAAUACCCCUCGAGAUGUCCCCUACGUUGCCUCGCUUCCGCGAGAUCCUUCAAAAUUGCCCUAACCUUAUUCGUCUUUCCUUGGAUGGAGCAGGCCCAGUAUGGUCACCCACAUUAGCAGCGGCUUUCCCCCCCGUCGUGUUGCCUAGCCUCCGACACUUGGUCAUUGGCGAUUAUAGCUUGCAGUACGCCAUGUAUGUUGCGACCCAGAUUUCGGCGCCAAACAUUCGCGAACUUACGCUCAUGAACCUCGUCGGCGAGGACUACGCCCCGUUCUUCACCUUGAUGACUGGCGCGUUCCCGGAAGUCCGGCUUCUCACCGUACAAAACGUCGAGUGCGUCGCUGUACCAGCCAGUAGAGCCGUUAUGGUCAAGUGGUUAAAAUCGAUGCCCAAGAUGGCCUUCUUCCGCAUGGCCAAUCUCAAAAUCAAUUUCCUCCAACUUUUCCUUGCGGACGGCGAAGAUCCCAACUCUGGCAUCGUCCGCUGGGAAGCCAACACGAUCAUCCCUCCUCGACAGACUAUCGCACCGAACCUCCUGUAUCUUGAGGUAUACGCCAGUGAUCCCGCAUUGGUCGUGAGUUUGGUCCUGGCUCGGAAGGCUAUAGGCGCCCCUUUCCGUAAGGUGUUCGUCGACCAUAACCUCAUUGCCAAGUUCACGCCUGAACAAAGCAAAGCAGUUACAGCAGAUGGAACCCCAGUCUUUAUACUUCCCGCGCCAGUGCAGACCAUCGAAGAGGUCGAGCUGAUGGCGGACUAA